AUGAUAUGUUUUUCCCAGUUUGUUUCAGAUCCUUGUGCCAGCAACCCCUGUCACCAUGGUAACUGCAGCACUAGCGGGGAUGGCUACCUCUGUCUCUGUAGUGAAGGCUAUGAGGGAACAAACUGUGAACGCUCAUUUCACAGCCUUCCGGUCUCUGAACGGGCAGCGUCGACGUCGCCAAGACAGAACAGACCGGUCUCAUCCACCUUGGAACCUGACAUCGUUCUUCCUCGUUCAAGAGCAACCGUGACGUUACCUACGUGGCAGCCAAAAGCGGGACAGAAAGUUAUAGAUCUGAAAUGGGAUGAAACAGAGAUAACCCCAGAUGUGGCUUGUGGAAAUGCCAGUUCCAAUACCUCUGCUGGAGGCCGGCUUAUCUCCUUUGAAGUUCCACAGAAUACAUCAAUAAAAAUAAGGCAAGAUGCUACUGCUUCUCUUAUCCUGCUAUGGAAGGUCACAACCACUGGAUUUAAACAGUGUUCACUUAUUGAUGGCAGAAGUGUCACUCUUCUCCAGGCACUGGGUGGACUUGUUCUUUCUGAAGAAAUGCUUGCGUUAGGAAACAACUACUUCAUUGGUUUUUUGAAUGAUUCGGUUACUAAAUGCAUUGUGGCUCUACGCUUGACUGUGAUAGUGAAAGUCAGUACCUGCAUGCCUGUGGGAAGCCAUUCAGAUAACUUCCAGUGUUCGGGGAAAGGAAAAUGUAUCACCAAACCAGAUGAGGCAACUUUUUUCUGCGACUGUGAGGAUGAGUAUCGGGGUUCCCUGUGCGAAGAAUUUGAUGCGUGUCAGAGCCAGCCCUGUCAGAACAACGCAACCUGCACCGACGUAGCACAGAAACACGAGGGGAACAAUUUCACCUGCAGCUGUCGGGCUGGUUACACCGGAGAGCUAUGCCAGUCAGAGAUUGAUCAUUGCGUCCAGCAGCCAUGCCAAAAUGGAGGUACCUGCUCAUCCAACAUCAAUGGAUUCAGCUGUCAGUGCCCAGAAGGGUUUUUAGGAACCUCUUGUGAAGAAAAAAUAGACCCUUGUGCAUCGUCUCCCUGCCAGAACAAUGGAACCUGUUAUGCAGACAGACUUGCCUUCUCCUGCAGUUGUAGUCCUGGAUUUACAGGACCUACAUGUGCUCAGCUGAUUGACUUCUGCGCUCUGAAUCCUUGUGCACAUGGCAUUUGUCGCAGUGUUGGAACCAGCUACAAAUGCCUCUGUAUCCCUGGUUACCAUGGCCUUUACUGUGAAGAGGAAUACAACGAAUGCCUUUCUGCGCCCUGCCAGAACGGAGCCACCUGCAGGGACCUCGUCAAUAGCUAUGAGUGCGUGUGCCUCGCUGAGUACGAAGGAAGGCACUGUGAAUUGUACAAAGAUCCUUGUGUUAACAUCAACUGUCAGAACGGUGGCACUUGUGACAGCGAAGGUCUAAAUGCUACGUGUAUUUGUGCACCUGGAUAUACAGGUGAAGAAUGUGAAAUUGAUGUAAAUGACUGUGACAGCAACCCAUGUCACCAUGCUGGAACUUGCAUAGAUCAGCCUGGUGGUUACACCUGCCAUUGUCCACAUGGAUGGGUCGGUGCAAACUGUGAAAUACAUCUGCAGUGGAAGUCCGGGCAUAUGGCAGAGAGUCUAACCAAUAUGCCUCGUCACUCCCUCUACAUCAUAAUUGGGGCUCUCUGCGUAGCGUUUGUCCUGAUGCUGAUCAUUCUGAUUGUGGGAAUAUGUCGCAUCAGCCGCAUCGAAUAUCAAGGCUCUUCCAGGCCAGCCUAUGAAGAAUUUUACAACUGCAGAAGCAUUGACAGUGAAUUCAGUAGUGCAAUUGCUUCUAUCCGACAUGCCAGGUUUGGCAAGAAAUCCCGACCUGCAAUGUAUGAUGCAACCCCCAUUGCCUAUGAAGAUUACAGCCCAGAUGACAAACCUUUGGUUACACUGAUUAAGACAAAAGAUUUGUAA